AUGUAUCACACUGCCUUGUUUAAAGACGGCGCUGAAGUAUUGCGAACCGUGUUGCGUCAAUUACAACCGCCUCCCACGGGGAUUGCUCAGACGCAACCGUCGGUUCGUCCGCCUUCAAGACCCACCGUCUACCCGAAGGCGUCGCCUUCUUCCUUGGCAUCUCCAUCCUCCUCCAUCUCAACCGGCGCAUCCGCUUCCGCUUUUGCCUCAGAGGCCGCAUCUUUCCUCCCUACAGCAGGCCCGUCAGGGGCCUCUCCGCGACAGCGACCGCCAGUGACAGACAAUGCUCCUGCUAACUUGUGCUCGCCUCGACAUCAGCCGGCCUUCAACUCAAGACAGCUUCUCCCGCUGUUGCAUAAGGUGGGUACAUUACCAGUCUUCCCACAUCAGCGCCGGGGCAGCUCUGCCCAUUCUUGGCUCGAGCGAAGUGCAGACAAGUACGCCGACUUGGACCGCUUUCCAGACCGGCUUGGCCGCAUUAGGCAGCGGGUAUUCUUUGAGUGA